AUGUUGAAGCACGUUCAUAGCUCGACAACCUCGUUGUUCCGUUGCGGGAAACCGAUCGCCAAGGACUCGUUGAGUCUCAACUCAACGAUCAGCCUGAGUUCGGGGAGCAACUCCGCCAAUCUCGAGCUGGCGAGUUCCCGCUCGUCGAGUACGUGCUCGCUACAUGAUUCGCUCAGCCUAACAGGAUCCCCCCAGAAGCCUCAAGUGAAAAAGGUGAUGGUGAAAGUAUAUGCUCGCGUUCUCUGCUCCGACAUAGAGUACAAAACGCUGUGCAUCGAUGGAACGACCUCAGCGCAGCAGGUCAUCAUGAUGCUGCUGCAGAAGUUCAAAAUGAAGCACCGAGAUCCCAACUUGUAUUAUCUCACCAUGGAGGUUUGGAUGCGGAGCACCGGAAUCCCAAUCCGAACUAUAAUGGUCCUGGACGACGAGGCUCGACCCGCGGAAUUGCAAGCUUGUCACCCAAAAGGCGAAUCCAAGUUUUUGCUGCAGAUGCGGCGAGGAGGAUUGAUCAAAGUCUACGACAGUUGUUUGAUGGCAGGGUCUCUGUACAAGUCCUUGCUUGUCUCAGAAAAGACCACUGCCGAACAGGUUGUGCAGUUAGUUCUGCACUGCUACAACGCCCCUGAUAGACCUUCAAAGUAUGCUCUAUUCCUCGUGUCACAUACGUCCAGCUAUGAACGUAUGGUGUACCCUCAGGAAAUUCCUUUGAAGCUUCAACAGGACUGGCCGUCAUCACAACGUUUAGCUUUCCAUCUCCGCAGUGCACAGCCCGCACCCUCUUGCCCGUCAACUUGGAGCACGGGGUCCACGGGAUCGAAUUCAUCUGCAUCCAGCACUCUCUCGACGGAGUCGGCCGCGAGUAUGCAGUCAGUAUUCAAUAGCUGCCCGGCACCAAAGUCAGUGGUCACAAGCCAUAGCCACAAUCACUCGCUCACGCAUCAGCUCAGCGAACCCAGACGCCAUGGACCGCUUCUGACGCCACAGGACGUUUUCAUCCAUCGACUCAGGUCGUCUCGAUCGUCGGUGGAACUGUCUUCGUCUGGAACGUCUUCGCACUCUUCAUCGCCCUCGCCUAGCAUCGCCGUUCACGGCCCGACCAAAUCUCAACCUACCGUAUACAAUCCCUACGAGAACUGCUUCUACAUCUAGCAAGCUGAUCCGACGCUGCGAUGCGAGAAAGGCUCGUUCGACGACUCUUGUUCUUCGCUUCGCAGAAAUGUUUGAGUUGGAGAAGAGCAGCUAGCCGUAGAUGUGUCACUGUUUCAUUUGUCUCGAAUUUCACUCUGAUUAUGUACAAUAUCACGUGUGAGGAUUGUGGUUUGUGAAGGCUGGAUGGGCUCUCGCGUCAUGUUUCUGUUCUGACGCUGAGAACCUGAUCCGGCGCGAUGCUAGUCAACUGUGCGACCAAAACCCUGAGCUCAGCGAAAGCUGUGCCGAAGCUGACAAUGGAGCGAUGCAUCGAUUGGUGAUCGCAAUUCGGAGAGAAGGAUUUUAUGUGGAAUAUUUAUUCACCAUCCGACGCGGACCACGAGCACUCCGCUCGAUGGUCAUUCUGGUGUACUUUGUAGAUGUAGUUGUAGCGGAGGGCCAUUGGCACCUCCGAUCACAAUCAUAAACCAAAGCCGGAGCGAAUCGCCACCGCGAGCGUUUUUAUCCGGAACAAUGCCUGAUCCAGUAUUGAAUUGUCGAGUCCACCGACUCGCAGAACAAUCGUCGCUCCCGUGCGGAAGGAUCGGGGAAUCACCUCGAGCACGCUCUGUACAAAAAUAAAUUCAUGUUUUCGAAGCCU